AAACUGAGAGACGGCCAUUUUUACCCCCAUUGAUUGCUGUUUGUGGCCGCGGUACAACAGAGAGAAAGUAUCUGCGAUUACUUUGAUAACAAGUUUUUAGCCGCGCGGUUUUGGCUUCGACGUCUACCUGGAUUUCGGCUGACACGCGAAUAAUGUUCCUCCACACCGCCGCAAAGAGCUGCUGUUGACAUCGGAGCCCGGGUAGAUGUCCGCUUAACUGUCGCCCAAAUGGAAAUGGUGCCCAGCGAAGAGAACCAGCUUGUACCCAAAGAGGGUAUAUUUUGGAGUUGCAGGCAGAGUAUUUUUGAGGAAAUGAAGAAGAAGUUCUCGCAGAUAGAGAGUGCUGCUGAGGAGCCCAGAGUGCUGUGUAUAGUCCAGGACACCACCAACGCCAAGACAGUCAAUGAGAGAUUGACCCUCAACCUCCCGGCUUCCACCUCCCUCUCCAAGCUCUAUGAAGAUGUCGCUCACAAGGCUGGCUAUGUGAAUGGCACCUUUGAACUGGCAUGGGGCAACCUGUCGGAUGUGGCUCCUCUGGACCAGGCCAGUGAGAUGUCUCUGGUAGAGUCUGGGUUUGAGCCAGGGAAGCGGAACUUCCUGCAACUCUCAGACAAGGACGGAGAGCAGCCUCAGAUAGCUUCUGAUGAGUCAGGCACGGCAGACAGCAGUGGGCUGGAUGACAGCUCUCAAGACCGCUUCAUUGGGCCCUUGCCCCGGGAUGGCACAGUGGGCUGUAGCAGUGAUUACAGCAGCCCUAGCUACUCCUACUCCUCCAUACUCAACAAGUCAGAGACAGGAUAUGUGGGUUUGGUCAACCAGGCCAUGACCUGUUACCUGAACAGUUUACUUCAGACCCUGUUCAUGACGCCAGAGUUCAGAAACGCACUCUACAAUUGGGAGUUUGAGGAGUCAGAGGAAGACCCAGUCACGAGUAUUCCUUACCAGCUGCAGAGACUCUUUGUGCUGUUGCAGACCAGCAAGAAGCGUGCCAUUGAGACCACAGAUGUGACGCGCAGCUUUGGCUGGGACAGCAGUGAAGCAUGGCAGCAGCAUGAUGUCCAGGAACUGUGCCGGGUCAUGUUCGACGCCUUGGAGCAGAAGUGGAAACAGACGGAACAGGCUGACCUUAUAAACCAGCUGUACCAGGGCAAGCUGAAGGACUACGUGCGCUGUCUGGAGUGCGGCUAUGAGAGCUGGAGGAUCGACACUUACCUGGACAUCCCUCUGGUCAUCAGGCCAUUUGGAGCAAGCCAGGCUUUUGGGAGUGUGGAGGAGGCAUUGCAGGCUUUCAUCCAGCCUGAGACACUGGAUGGACCCAAUCAGUACUUCUGUGAGCGCUGCAAGAAGAAAUGUGAUGCCCGCAAGGGCCUGAGAUUCCUGCACUUUCCUUAUCUGUUGACCCUGCAGCUGAAACGUUUUGACUUUGACUACACCACUAUGCACCGCAUCAAGCUCAAUGACCGCAUGACCUUCCCUGAGGAGCUUGACAUGAGCCCCUUCAUUGACCUAGAGGAUGAGAAGUCUCCUCAGACAGAGAGCUGUACUGACAGUGGGGCGGAGAACGAGGGCAGUUGCCACAGCGACCAGAUGAGCAACGACUUCUCCACAGAUGAUGGUGUGGAUGAAGGCAUCUGCCUGGACAGCACAAGCGCCACUGAGAGGGUCCUGAAGCCAAAGAGCUCACUGACCUUUGAACUCUUCUCGGUAAUGGUUCAUUCUGGGAGCGCUGCAGGUGGACAUUACUAUGCCUGCAUCAAGUCCUUCAGCGACGGCCAGUGGUACAGUUUCAACGACCAGCAUGUCAGCAAGAUCACACAGGAUGACAUCAGAAAGACAUACGGCGGGUCCUCAGGGAGCAGAGGCUAUUACUCCAGUGCCUUUGCCAGCUCCACGAAUGCAUAUAUGCUAAUAUACAGAUUGAAAGAUUCCUCAAGGAAUGCAAAGUACCUCGAUGUGGAAGACUUCCCAGAGCACAUAAAACGCCUCGUCCAGAGAGAGAAAGAGUCCGAGGAGCAGGAGAAGAGGCAGAGAGAGAUUGAGCGCAACACGUGCAAGAUCAAGCUUUUCUGCAUGCAUCCUUUCAAGAUGAUGAUGAUGGAAAACAAGCUGGAGGUUCACAAGGACAAAACACUCAGAGAGGCUACAGAAAUAGCAUACAAGUUGAUGGAUCUUGAAGGAACAGUUCCUCUAAACUGCUGUCGGCUGGUGAAGUAUGAUGAGUUCCAUGAGUAUCUGGAGCGUUCGUACGAGGGGGAGGAGGACAUGCCCAUGGGGCUGCUCCUUGGCGGGGUCAAAUCUUCCUACAUGUUUGACUUGUUGCUGGAGACCCGCAGACCUGACCAAACUUUCCAGCCCUACAAACCUGGAGAGGUGAUGGUGAAGGUCCAUGUCGUGGAUUUGAAAAGCGAGACCAUCGCAGCUCCUGUCAGUGUCAGGGCGUACCUAAACCAGACUAUUACAGAGUUUAAGCAACUCAUUGCACAGGCCACCGGGCUAUCUGCAGAAACCAUGCGUGUUGUCCUGGAGCGCUGCUAUAAUGACCUUCGGCUUCUCUACGUGCCCAACAAGACACUGAAAGCAGAGGGUUUUUUCAGGAGUAACAAGGUUUUUGUGGAGAGCUCAGACUCACCAGAUCACCAAGUCACUUUCACCGAUUCCCUCUUGUGGAAGCUUCUGGAUCGCCACGGGAACACGAUCAGACUGUUUGUGUCGCUCCCAGAGCAGUCACCAGGCUCUCUGGCCCAUAGAACUAGUUGCCCCAAAGUGAGUGGUGACUCUGAGGACUCGUUUGAGGGGGCUAAAGGUAGUGGCCAGUCUGUGGAGGCCAUUCUGGAAGAGAGCACAGAGAAGCUCAAAAAUCUAUCACUUCAACAGCAGCAGCAACAGCAGCAGCAGCAGGCCUCCAGCACCAGCGACAGCCAGAAAAGUUCAGACCACAGCGACUUUGAGCACAUCGAAUCCCCGGCAGCGGAGCCUUCAGCCCAAGUGGCCAGCGGAGGCAGCACUGGAGGAACUGCAUCUGACCCAGAAAAUCAGUUUCCCUCAGAGGAGCGUUCUGACUCGGACGUGAACAAUGACCGCAGCACCAGCUCGGUGGACUCGGACAUCCUGAGCUCCAGCCACAGCAGCGACACUCUGUGCAAUGCUGACAGUGGCCCACUUCCGCUGGCCAACGGCCUUGACUCGCACAGCAUCACCAGCAGCCGUCGCUCCAAAGCCCACGAGGGCAAGAAGGAGACAUGGGAUACGGCGGAGGAGGAUUCAGGUACAGACAGCGAGUAUGACGAGAAUGGCAAGAGCAAAGGAGAAGCGCAGUACCUGUACUUCAGAGCGGAGCCCUACUCACAGGACGAUGCUAUGGGGGAUAACCAGAAAAGUGGUGCAGCAGCAUUCAAAUACAGUUUACUUGUCCAUGUUGAUAAGAGGAUCACACUGGCUGCAUUCAAACAGAACCUGGAGCCGUUUGUUGGGGUCACUUCUACCCAGUUCAAGGUUUUCCGGGUCUACGCCAACAACCAGGAGUUUGAGAGCGUGCGACUAAACGAGACACUUUCCUCUUUUUCAGAUGACAACAAGAUCACUAUUCGGUUAGGAAGAGCACUGAAGAAAGGGGAGUAUAGGGUGAAGGUGUACCAGCUGCUAGUCAAUGAUCCUGAGCCCUGUAAGUUCCUGUUGGACACUGUGUUUGCUAAGGGCAUGACUGUGAGGCAGUCUAAGGAGGAGUUACUGCCCCAGCUCAGAGACCAGUGCAAGCUGGACCUCAGCAUAGACAGGUUUCGACUCAGGAAGAAGACCUGGAAAAACCCAGGCACAGUGUUUCUUGACUAUCACGUCUAUGAAGAGGACAUCAACAUCUCCAGUAACUGGGAGGUCUUCCUUGAAGUUCUUGAAGAACCGGAGAGGAUGAAGUCCAUGUCCCAGCUGGCUGUGCUCACGCGGCGCUGGUGUCCAGCCCAAAUGAAGCUGGAGCCUUUUCGGGAGGUGGUACUGGAGAGCAGCAGUGUAGAGGAGCUUAAGGAAAAGCUCAGUGAAAUGAGUGGGAUUCCUCUUGAAAACUUGGAGUUUGCCAAGGGAAGAGGAACAUUUCCGUGUGACAUAUCAGUGUUGGAGAUCCAUCAGGAUUUGGACUGGAAUCCUAAAGUUUCCACGCUCAAUGUCUGGCCUCUCUACAUCUGUGAUGAUGGUGCAGUGGUCUUCUACAGGGACAGCACUGAGGAGCCCAUGGAGCUCUCUGAAGAGGAGCGCAAUGAACUGAUGAAGAAAGAGAGCAGCCGACUGCUGAAGACCGGCCACCGGGUCAGCUAUUCACCCCGCAAAGAGAAAGCCCUCAAGAUCUAUCUAGACGGAGGGCCUACCAAAGACUCGGGCCAGGACUGAAGGUGGCCCAAACCACCCUGAUCAUUUUUUUUAAUAGCUGGCCUGCCCGCUGCAGUGUAGCGCUGCCUCGCCAGGGACCCUCGUUUGGCGUCGAGGCCCACGUCGAAUCCAACGUCACCAGUGCUGUACGGCUGACGCCCUCUUCUCCGAGCUCCGCAGGGGCAUUGCGAGGCUCAGAUUACUAUUGUGCACUAUAGUUUAUUGUACUGUAAAGUUUAAAGGGAAGUGCAAAAGCUAUUUCAAAAGAAAAAAAAAAUCCAAUACCAUUCAGACAAAUCAAUCUAACAAGAUCUUACAGAGAUGGACGCACUUAUGGAAUAGAGUAGAGGACUCUAUUUGGGAGUGAUUUGUAUCUCUUUCUCUGGGCUGUCUCUAUCCUCAAUGCUCUCCAUUGUUUUUCUCUGCUUUUUUUUUUUUCUCUUUUAUUGUCUGUCACCAUCACUUGCUCUUUGAUUAUGAAUAGUGUUGAGUCCACCAAGUUAAGUGCACAUGUCCACGACCCAAGUUCUGCUCAGUAUGCGACAAACUCCUGAUCUCCAAUAGCGACCAUAAGGUUGAAGCCACAGCCCAAUCAUCUUCCAUGUUUUUCCGAGGUCCUCCACUGAAUCCGGGUGUAGUCUUAUUGUUCUCAUUUAAAACUACCGGGAGUCUUUCCUCUUGUUCAUUUAAUGAAAAGUAGUAUGUGUGAAUUAAAUGCUUCUCUUCUGGCUGAUGAGGCUCCGCCCUGGCCUUUUCCCAGAGCGCUUCCCUGCAUGUGCGGGUGUGACAGUGGCUGUCCCUCUGUGUCACCCCACUAACUGCUGAAGCUCCAUUCACUGUGGAGGGGGCUCCGCCCUGCUCCCUUCAUAACUCCUCUUCCUCCUCUUGGGGCUACUGACACUGGUACAUUUUAGUCUGCAAGCCUUUAAUUCUAGGGUGAUACCAAUUAACUAGAACGCUUCAUUUAUUGUUUACCCUGUUUUUGUUUUUUUUU